AUGAUCUGGGAAUUACUUUCCCGGAUGAACAACUCGAACUCGAUCGUCUCCUCCUCCUCUUCCACAUCAAUAUUUUCCGAGGACGGUAGCCUGGCCGGGGUGGAGGUUGGCGUCUCGGCCAUUUCUGUGUCGCUCGGCCUUUUCGGGCUGUUCGGCAAUUCGAACAUCAUCUGGGCAACGUGGAGGAAUAAGGAGCUCCGGAAUAAGCAUGGCUCGCUGAUGCUGUGGUUCUGCAUUCUGCACAACAUUUGCCUCCUCUGCGAGCUGGCCUACGUGUUCAUCAACAAUCUAGGCCUUCAACACAGAUGGAGCUCCUCUGAUUGUAUCCGGCUCUCCACCCCUCAUCUAAUCGCUUCAUGCGCCCAGGCCGUGCUCUCCCUAUCGAUUGCCCUCGAUCUCCUCAUUGCCCUCCUCAAGCCGUUUCAGCAUCGUUUCUACGCGCUGAAGCAGUACGUUGCGUGCUUUUUGGUGCCUGCCCUCAUUUAUGCCCUGUUCACCACCGGCUGGGCGCUGAGCCAGAAUGGGCGGAGUACGGCCGGCUGGUGCAACGGCCCAUUGGCGCUUUCCGGAACGGUAGCCGUUUGGUGGCUAUGGUCGAACGUGUUCAUCGUGUGCGCCAAUGUGUUCGUCUACGCGGCGUUGUACCUGCUGAUCUCCAGGAAUAGCAUUCAAGCAGACCGGAUCCGGCGCGUCUACUCGGACGACAGCCGCCCGAGGCGCUGCGGGAAAACGGUCAGCACGGAACGACGGGUCCUGCGGAGUCUCUCCGUGCUUCUGGCCGUCUAUCUCUUCUCGUGGUUUUCGUAUAUUGUCGGGAUUACGGUGAUUCUCGCGCUAAUCUGCCAUUCGCAAAACUUCUACGUGAUGUUCGUCCUCUCCAACACGUACCGGCGGGCAUUCAUGGAACAGUUGUACAUCCUAAUGUGCAAAGAGGUUCCGGAAAAGUAUUGGCCCAUGUCGGUGACGGCGUCGCGGCGCGCUUCGCAGAAUUGGCAAAAAGCCAGAUCGGAGGCGUUGGCCGUCACAGGCGGCUCGCUGCACUCCUCCGUGCGACAUCAUCGACAUCUUUCGGCCAGGCGCACCUCUUCACUUCCGGAUAUUCACCGGCUUGAAGCCUCUGUGCACAGCCCGGAAGUGUUGCCCAAGCUGCAUACGCUCCAAGUCCAGAUUUCCGUCGAUGCC